AUGUCUCCUCCACUACCUCCGUACUUGGUGGACUCCAUUUUGCUGCGACUGGCGUCGCCGUUGAGAAGCGGCGCUUGUCUGCAGCGCCGACAAGUCCUCAAUAGAUGCAUGCAUCAGGCGGCGUAUGCGGUGAAGGAGACGCCGAACCCGUUCUCGUAUGAUGCGGCGUUGAAGCAACAUACGAAGCCUCGUCGGCACGAUGCUGGGCUUGCGGUACGGCUCCCAGAGAACAUCUUGCCGAAUGGGGUGCUGGAAAGCACGAAGCUGAACGCGGGAUUGAAGGUGCUGGAGGAGGCUGCGGAGGUUGAGGCAUCUCGCGAAGAGGCUGAAUACACCGAAGAGGACCUGCUAUCCCUCUAUGGGAGCGUCCUUGGCCCUGAGACAGAGGUGCAAGAACGCGCGCCAGAGCACCUCAGGAUCGAGUUUAACCAGGACAUGGCCGUCGUCAAAGCCUUAGCGGAUCGCUUGGCACCACAAGCAGAGGCAGAGCCCUCUGAGCUUGUGCGCCGUCUACGCGGGGAGACGCCGCCGACUGAGAUAUCGACGGAGAGGGCCAUGUCUGACCAGCAGCGCGUGAUUGCGGGACUGGAGAAGUAUGCGGCUGGGUUGGAGUCCUUGUUGCCUAACGCGCGUGAGGAUGCUCUGCCGGUAGGCAUCAUGACGAAGGGGGAGGCGGAGAGCUUGAUACGUGUCUGUAUCAAUGCCUACGAUGGUGCUGCAGCAGAGGCUGCGUUGAGGGCUCUGAGGAGAGCCCGUGUCGACUUUGACGAAAGCCUGGCCGACGACGUCCUCGCCAUGUACUCUGAUGCCGGCGACAUCGCGGCAGUUGAGGCCUACCUCGUCAACAACCUCACCGCUGCCCCUACCGAGCAGCAGCGACACCUCCAUGUCUCCGCGCAUAUUCACGCCACUCCGCCCGACACCAUACCCACCACCGCUCUCAGCCUCCUGCACUCCUACGAGACCCAGGGCCUCCCCGCUCCCAUGAAGACCUACACGCACGCCAUCACAGCUCUUUUUGACCACCCCUCCUCCCUCGCGCGCGCACAGGCCUGGGACCUCUUCAGUCACAUGCGCUAUGUCGCGCACCCGAACCCGGACGCGGUCCUCUACACGCUCAUGAUCCGCGCCUGCGCGUCCCCGCUGCUCUCCUCGCGCGCCUCCGAGCCCGAGCGCGCGCUCGACCUCUGGCACGAGAUGACCGUGGACCAUGAGAUAAGACCUACAGCGGGCGCGUACGCGGCAGUGAUUCUCGCAUGUGCACGGGCGGGCACGAAGGCGUUUGUGAGCGAGGCGUUCCGGCUGGCGAGGGAGAUGCUGGACUCGCAUAGGGAUGCGUAUGGCAGAUCGGCGUACUCGCCGGAUACGAGGCUGUUCUGCGCGCUACUUGAGGGCGCGAAGAGGAUCGGAGACCUCGCGCGCGUGCGGUGGUUGUUGGCGGAGAUGGCGAGGCCGCGGACGGAUGCGGAGAGGGCGGACGCGACGGUGAACGAGGAAGUCAUGAUGCAUGUCUUCCACGCAUACGCCGCGUACGACCCGCCGUUCAAGCGCGGGGACGCGCUGCUGGUCAAGGCGCCAGAGGGCGAGACAACCGAAGAGAACAGUAGGGCGACCUCCGUCCAGGAGGUGAAGACGCCCACGGACGAUACGAAGGGCUCCACGAGCAGCGUCCCGCAGUCUCGCUCAGAAGUCGUGCGCGAGGCUGCGCACCUCUUCGGCCGCGUCCUGCGCGACACGGGCAACCUGCCCGCCGAGCACGAUAGGUCGUCCGUGGCGCCCCCGCCCGCCAAGUUCGAGCGCGUCGAGUUGACGAGCCGGCUGCUGAACGCGUACCUCGCGGUGUUCUAUCGGCACUCGACCCUGGGCACGGCGCGCGACCUGUUCAGGCAGUUGUACGUGGGGGACGAGUUUGGGCUAGGAGUGGCGCCGAAUGCGUCGACGUAUGUGGACGCGCUGGAACGGUGCGCGCAGGCGAAGAAGGGGCCGGAGCGCGAGCUGGCGCUGCGGUUUGCGAGAGAAGUGUGGGCGGAUUGGACGGCGUUUGAGGCUGGGGGACGUAGGCAGGUCAAGGCCCGCUUGACGGAGCGCGCGCAUGUGGCGUAUAUUCGGACGUUGGCUUUAUCGGGCCACAUCGCGCAAGCCGUCACCCAGAUCCGCCAGUUCGUCGAGCGGUAUCCCGCAUCCGCCGUACGCGCGCACAACCCCGCCCUCGCCUCCCGCCCCACGCGCACCGUCCUCGACGGCGAGCGCCCCCUCGUCCAAAAUAUGUCCAAGACGGAGGUCCCCGAUGACAGCGUCCCGCCGCUCCUCACCUUCAAGGACAUCGAGAUCGUUCACCACCGCCUCGUCGACCUCACGCGCUCGCUGGGCCCGUCGAUCCGCGCGCGCGCGGAGAAGGAUAUCAAGUAUUUGAAGUAUGCGGUGAAGGCGUAUGAGUGGGCGCUCAGGGUGAGGAGGGACGAGACGAUGAAGGGGGCGAAGGAGGGGCUGACGAGGAGUCGGGCGGCGAAGCUGCCGCAGAUUCAGCAGCCGGAGGUGUUGUGA